AAAUGUCGGGGAACCUGGCUCAAAUCCUGUUGCUGCUGUGUGAAUCUGCGGGCGGGAUGCUUUUUCAUGGCGCUUUUCGAGAUUUUCGCAUCGAUCCUGGGGUUCUUUGUUGGCGAAGGUAAGCAGAGAUGGUCGUCUGUUAGUAAUUAGCAGAGCUGCCUAUAUGGUGCACUUUUUUGGAUCGAUUUUUCUGAUGAUGAGCAGUAUCUUGAUCGAAUUUCUGGUGAUCAUCUAUCUGGUAACAGAUAUAAUCCACCUGAUCUUUUGUAGCCCCUUUAUAAUCAAUUAUGCGUUAAGUUGUAGCUUCUGCACUCUAGAAUCGAUUCCUGUAUUCUUCACCCUAGCUUUUAGCCUUUAUUUUUGGAUAGUGGCAUUUUUCUACUGGCGACGCCUUCUCUGGGAACACAAUCCCGAAAACGACGACUGAGGCGAAGGGGUAUCGUUAAUUCUGGAUCUUGAGUGUUUAUUCUGCGCUCUUGUGUUGGUUUUUGCGCUAUGUACGCUAUUUUCUGUUUUGGCCCUAAUUUCACACUAAUUUGUAAAUUUGCCUUUAAUGCCAAAGACAAAGAGAAAAACGAAAAGAGCAAAGUUCCGCAAAUUGUUUGUACAGAGAAAUAUAUUUUGUAUUCAUCACU